UUUCCACACAUCCUCCUGCUCCAUUCAGCUCAGAGCUCCCUCUCUUGUUUUCUCUCUGCCUGCCUGUCUCCAGUCAGAAUUGGACGAGUCUUUUUUCUAAAUGCACGCCGCUCUGAGGGGGGGAUUGCACUGUAAAUGUAGUGAUCCUAUCUGCUGAAAAUGAGGCGAAAAGCUCAUAAACGGAUCAUCACAGAGAGCCAGCAACUAUCUGGCUCCCCAGGCAAGACUUAAAGCUUUGACUUUUGCUUUGUGAUUAGUUUAAAACUUUGGUUCAACAUUCAGUCGACCAGCUGCAGACGUAACAGCUGUACACACAUGUGAGCCGAGGCAGAGACAGAGAACUAUGAAAAAGAUAUAUAUUGGCAAAACAGCCCUGAAAACCCAGAGAAAUGGAUGCAAACAUCCAAAAAGGAGCUCUUUCCAUGACCACAAGGACGACCUUCGUAAACGCCUGUCUUACACCAGCCACAAACUAGAGAUGGUGGAAACAGAGUUUGACUCCACCCGGCAAUACCUGGAGACGGAGCUGCGACGGGCCCAGGAGGAGCUGGAGAAAUUUACAGAGAAGCUACGCAGGAUCCAGAGUGGCUACACAGCAAUUCAAAGGAUCAACCAGGAUUUAGAAGACAAGAUGUGCAGGACGUCCCAGCACCACGAAGAGGAAAAGAGAGCCCUCAGCCGUGAAAUCAUUGUUCUCAACAACCACCUCAUGGAGGCCAAGAUCACCAUCAACAAACUGAGAGAGGACAACGACCUGUACAGGAAAGACUGCAACCUGGCAGCUCAGCUGCUGCAAUGCUCCAAAUCUCACUUCAGAGCACACAAGUUAUCUGAGCUGCCACUGGGUUUUCAGGAACGCAUCAGUUCCUACAUGGAGAAGCAUGACAGAGGUAGAGAAGCCUCUAUGGCAAUGUACCAUCCCAAGUAUCCUGAUGAAGUACCAACAUCCAUAAUUGGCAAGGUCCUGGAAAAGCCUGAACCUGGGAGCAGUUCCCCAAAGACAGGCUCUCCCACCCUUCACUCUCAGGAUGGAGACGUUUUGACAGGAACAGGAAGCACUGAUCACCUGAACCGCCGCAUUUCAUAUAAGACCUCGGAUCUGUACUGCAGUGAUACAGCUCUGUAUUGCCCUGAAAGAUGGCAAGAAACAGAGCGUAGGCAGAGUGUUGACCUCCAUGGCACUGGCUUGAUUCAGUUGCAUGCUCAGAACUCUAUAGAGAGUAAUCCAGAAGAAGAUCAUUUUCAGUCUGGAAGUUUCUCCCAUCAUGAGCCCUCAGCUUCUUUCCCCAACCUUGAUGAGUUUGGAACUGGCAGUCUCCCUGCCUCCAGUUCUUAUUCCAGCUUCAGUCUUGCUUCAGAUGAGAAAGGAGCUGUUAGUGGUGGGUAUGGGCGCACUGCCAGCAGUGCCCUAUCCUCUUCCCACCAGGGUCUUUAUAUGGACUGGCGAGAAGGUGGCAGUGGGGACUAUGAGCGGAAAAGCAUGUCUUCUUAUGAGAAAGACAGCCCCAGCUUCUCCAAGUCACACAGCAUUCAACAAAUGGUAACCUCCAGAAGCCCACAGAAGGAAAACUUGCCCUUGUAUUCAAGGACUGCUUCGUGCCUCAGUGAACCCUACCACUCCAGCACCUCUCGUUUGGCUUCCUCUCACAGUAUGGGGUCCACAACUGGGCUGGGUCAAGAUCGAGGAGGAGCUUUAGACAACAGAAACAAUGUACAGGUCUCUGAGGAUGACUUGAGCAUCCGCUGGAAACAGCUUAGUGUGGAAGACAUCAACACUUUCUCAUCUUAUCGUGACAUUGCAGGGCGGAUCUCGCCAUAUAGUUUUUCGGAACGACACUUUGCCAUGGGCCCCUCCAGUAAAGUCAAGGACUCUCGCUACAGCAGCUUCCAGGAGGGAGAUGAUGUCUUCCACAGCCACGUGCUUGACCAGUGUUUCGCUUUGGGCUCACCUUCGCAAUGCCGCAGUCCUAAACCUAAGGAGCAUCAUAAGCAGGACAAAACAUCUGUGCUGUACCGAGCCAAGAAUGACAGUCAAGACUCUGAAAGCAGCCUGUUCCUCUCAGGGAGCUCUAAAGACAAAGAAAGCAGCGGGGGAGCAGCAGCUACAAACAGUGUCAAGAAGGAUUAUAUGAGCCUCAGCGUGGACAGCUCAGGUGAGUCCUUACAGCAAAGCUCACUUGAAGCUUCUAGUCUUCAGCACUACCCCAGCCCACGGCCGAGUGUUCGGCCUCGCCCGAGCUCCAGCUCUGCCAUCACUGUUGGCCCUGCGCUGCCCAAGAAGACCUCUCCAAGAUACCAAAAAUUUGGCAGUACGGGAUUGACGCGGAAGGACAGUUUGACCAAGGCACAGCUAUACGGUACACUUUUAAACUGAGUUACUUUUCAGUUCAUGCAUGAUGAUGAUGGUGAUGAUUCCUACCUUACUGUACUGUACUGCACCGUAUGUCUCUCUGCAGUAACUGCAUACUUGUGAUGGGGUGUUGUUUUCUGUAUCUUAGCCAAGGCACGUUUCACACAGUCUGUAACAUUGUUUUUUUCUAUUGCGCAUCUUAAUGCAGCGUAGCGACCGAUUACCAGCUAUUAAGUUCGUUUUUUCUGUUUAUUUGUUUAAUUUUGAUAUCGUGUUUAAUGAGAUGACUUAUUUACUCAUGAUAGAAGGAGAUAAUCCAUUAGGUGUUGUGAACUAUGCGGACUGCAAGCUGUUAAGAUUUAUCCACUUCAUAUUUCCCUCUUGAGCAAAUUGCAUGUUGCGCACAUGAAAUGGAUGGGAAAAAAACUCUGUUUCAAAGGGACAAAAUCUGUGAAGGAAUAUUUCCAAGCCAAGUAAGCAAUAGGGAAAAUAUACCUGCAUUUGUUAUUUCUAGCAUGAUAAUGUGAUUCGCUUCUUCGAGCUGGAUUUGAUUUAAAAAAAAAAAAAGAAAUUGUCUAAAUGCGAUCGUCAAAUUCCACAUAUAUUCAGGUAAAGUUUUAACUAUACAUAGGAGAAGUGUACAAAUAAAAUAAGUGACCUAUUCGAAAUCAUCAUAUGGAAAUACAUUUAAAAGUAUACACUAUUCGAUAAUGAGCUGAACGAAUUUGGAUUUUAUACAGCUGGAUUUUUCUAGUUUUUGUAUCAAAGUUUGAUUCUUUUGGGUGGUUUUACGGCACAGAAGUUAAACCAGAAUACCUGUGAAGUUGCCUUAACCCUGUUUGGUAGACAGAAUGGUCUCCUUUACAGAAUCAGUGUACAUCCUGUAUUUCUGAGAUAUAAUCCUAAUCUAUUUUUACUUAUGAUGUUCUUCCUGUUAGCUACCACACACAAGCUUCUUAGGGACUAAAAUCUGUUCUCAUACAGAAGGCAUUAUUAGAUCUGCUGUAGUCAAAUAUGCCAUUUGUCUGUUAGAAAAUCAAAGGAAUGCAAUCAGAUUUUUUAAAGCAUUAAAGCGUUAUCUAAAAAAAAGCCACAAUAAAAUUGCUGUUUUGUUUGCUAGCAAACUGAACGUUUUCACAGGAUCAACAAAAAAAUUGGGAUUAGACAGACCAAGAAUAGAUCGAGUGGUUGAAGACUCAAAUGUACAGUCACUGUGUUGCAUUAAAAACCAGCAUCCUCUGUUAGGAAUUUUUCCAGAGAAACACUGUGAAACUAGAUGAAGUCUGUGCAUAGAUAUACAUAUAAAGUAGCAAAGGCAUGCUAUUUGUUGAUGAGUGAAAAAAAUGAGACUCUGGCCUGAAGAUGAAGAGCAGCAGAGGUUACUCUGCUGCCUAACAAUCACGCAACCAUCUGCUACUCUUGCACUCAAGAUUGCCAAAAGACGACGUCCCGACAUCUGUGCUCCUAAUGUUUUCUUCCUGCCCGAGUGGCUCUGUAGAUCCAAGGAAUGUUGACAAGCAUAAGCAGAAAAUCCACUUUGUGUUCGAGUUGUGAUGGAUACAAUUUUUAUUUGUAAAUGCCAUGCCACUACCUCUCCAUUUCCGGUAGAUUAUAGAUAUUAAAACUUCACAUCACAAACCACAAAAGCCUUUCUAAUUGGUACGUUGGGAGAGGUAACAGGGUGUAAAAGGUUCAGGACUCUGUUUAAUGACUGUACAGAGGAUAUUUUUUUGCUGUGGACAUAAUGUACAAAGACAGAUAUGUCACGGUUAUUCUACUACGACUAUUUUUUAUCUAGUUUGAGUUGAUGUGAUAUUUAAUGAAUGUUUGACCCUGAAUGAUGAGGUGGUUCUGUUCUGUCCUACCUCCAGCCCUGUUCCAGGACCUACAGGCCAGCUGUCUCAAUGUCAACAUGUCCGUCUGUCUGAUGCAUGGUUAUAUAUUUUUGCUGUAUGUUUAUUUACUUAAUAAAGAUGGAUGUUGGAAAAUA